AUGGAAGGCAGAGGAGCCGCGGCAGAGACGUUUGUUUGGGUUAACAAUGCAUCAGCACAUUCCCAGAGUGUUGCCAAGGCCAAAUAUGAAUUUUUAUUUGGCAAAUCUGAAGAGAAAACUCCAGAUACUAGUGAUCAUGGAGGAAGCACCUUACUCCCACCGAACGUCACCAACGAGUUUCCAGAAUAUGGGGCCAUGGAGGACGGUGGAGAAGGCCUAAGAACUUCUCUCGAGUUUGAUGCAGAGUCUCUGCCAUGCUGCCCGCAGGGGCAGCCGGGGUUCCAGCCUCAUGCUGGCCACCACCCUGGGCCCAACAGUAUUACAGAAGGACCAAAAGCUGUUGCGGGGCCCUCCUCUCAAAGUCACCUCAAGGAACAAAGUUUACAACCCAUAGACUCUUUGAUCUCAGCUCUGAAAGCUACAGAAGCCAGGAUAGCUCCUGGAACCUUACAGGCUACAAAGGUACUGGACAAAGAUGCCGCUUCUAGUCUCUCAUUUCAGCAGGUGGACCAAGAGCUGGACGCUGCCGGUCAUCAAACACAGACAGCCAACAGCCUGUUCCCUGCCGGCCAGGAAAAACCACCAGAUACACCUCUUUCAGCGGAGGUGACGACAGCGGAAGGUGUUCUUUUGCGCGCCCAGGAGGACCUGACAGCGCUGUUAAGUGGAGAAGCUCAGGGGGAGCUUUCCCGGGUAACUGCCAAUGGGAGGGAAGGGGGUUUCCGAGAGCAGGAGCCAGCUUGUCCCGGGUCCUCCCUGGGGGGCCCAGCAGCAGCCCACAGCUCUGUGGGCAGCACUGGCUUCCUGAGAGAGGGGAGGUCUGACCUGCAGAGAGAGCACGCAGGGGGAUGUGAUCGAGGCAGCUCCACGGGACGGCCUGGCCGGGUCAAACACGUGGAAUUUGAAGAGGUGGAAAUAUUGUGGACAGGAGGGAAGAAAAGAGAGACCCGGCAACCUGUGGAUUUUGUGACAUCCUUGGAAAGGACUACCUCUCCCGAAAAUAUGGGGUUUUCCAAAGUGCCAAGCCACCUCAUCUCUUCUGCUGGUUUGUGUAAUUCCGUUGGUCUCACUGAGCGUGCUGGGGGCGACACCUGGAGAGGUGCCUCAGAGAGGCCUGCCACCAGCUCGGGGACAUUUCCCUCCGCACCUCUUAUUGAGAGUGGAGAGGAUGAAGUCUUCCUGAAGGAAAACAAAGACUAUCUUGAGGAGAAGCUUGAACUGGAGAGAGACAAAGACAGGCUUCUUGACCACGAGGAGCACUUUACGGGAGGAGAGGAUGACAUCCUUGGGCCCGGGUACACGGAGGACUCCACGGAUGUGUACAGCUCCCAGUUUGAAACCAUCUUGGACAACACGUCCUUAUAUUACAGUGCUGAGUCCCUGGAGACAUUAUACUCGGAGCCCGAUAGCUACUUCAGCUUCGAGAUGCCCCUCACCCCCAUGAUACAGCAGCGCAUUAAGGAAGGCGGCCAGUUCCUGGAGAGGACGUCGGUGGGGGGACAGCAAGACAUCCUGAGCGUCUCCGCAGACGGCAGGAUCGUGAUGGGCCCUUCCAGCGAGAUCACCAACGGGCUCAGCGGCGCUGGGGAAUCCAUCUACACGAAAGGCACCCCGGAGAUUGCGUUCUGGGAAAGUUCUCGCAGCCAUGCUGGGGUGAAAACAGCACUGCUGGAUGCUCAUGCUGAAAUGGGGAACACUGAAAUUCUGGAAAAGGAGCCCUCAGAAAGUCUCAGCAAUGGCACUAGCAGCAAUGUAGAAGCAGCCAAGAGGUUGGCCAAACGCCUUUAUCAACUAGACAGAUUUAAAAGGUCGGAUGUCGCGAAGCACCUAGGCAAGAACAAUGAAUUUAGCAAACUAGUUGCAGAAGAAUAUCUGAAGUUUUUUGAUUUUACAGGAAUGACGCUGGAUCAGUCUCUCAGGUAUUUCUUUAAAGCAUUUUCUCUUGUUGGAGAAACUCAAGAACGAGAGAGAGUUUUAAUACACUUCUCCAAUAGAUAUUUUUAUUGUAAUCCGGAUACCAUUUCUUCACAAGACGGUGUUCAUUGUCUCACCUGUGCGAUGAUGCUUCUUAACACAGAUCUCCAUGGCCAUAAUAUUGGAAAGAAGAUGUCUUGCCAAGAGUUCAUUGCAAACCUCCAAGGGGUCAAUGAGGAUGGUGAUUUCUCCAAGGAUCUACUGAAAGCUCUCUACAACUCCAUCAAGAAUGAGAAGCUUGAAUGGGCGGUAGAUGAUGAAGAGAAAAAAAAGUCUUCAUCGGAAGGUACUGAGGAGAAGGCUAAUGGAACACACCCAAAGACCAUCAGUCGUGUCGGGAGCACUACCAACCCAUUCUUGGACAUUCCUCACGACCCAAACGCCGCUGUGUACAAAAGUGGGUUCUUGGCUCGGAAAAUUCAUGCAGAUAUGGAUGGAAAGAAGACUCCACGAGGAAAGCGGGGAUGGAAAACCUUUUAUGCUGUACUAAAGGGAACAAUUCUUUAUCUGCAAAAGGAUGAGUAUAAGCCGGAAAAGUCUCUGUCUGAAGAGGACUUGAAAAACGCAGUGAGUGUGCACCACGCGCUGGCGUCCAAGGCCACGGACUACGAGAAGAAGCCCAAUGUGUUCAAACUGAAGACUGCCGACUGGAGGGUCUUGCUCUUUCAAGCCCAGAGCCCGGAUGAAAUGCAAGGCUGGAUAAACAAAAUUAACUGUGUCGCAGCUGUGUUCUCCGCACCACCGUUCCCCGCAGCCAUUGGGUCUCAGAAGAAGUUCAGCCGCCCACUUCUGCCUGCCACUACAACCAAGCUGUCUCAGGAGGAACAGCUGAAGUCACAUGAGAGCAAGCUGAAGCAGAUUACCACCGAGCUGGCCGAGCACCGCUCGUACCCCCCGGACAAGAAGGUGAAGGCCAAGGAGAUAGAUGAGUACAAGCUGAAAGAUCACUACCUGGAGUUUGAGCAAACCCGGUACGAAACGUACAUCGGCAUUCUGAAAGAGGGAGGCAAGAAGCUCCUGGGCAGCAACGGCAGCGAGGCCCCAGGACUGAAGAAGUCGCAUUCCAGCCCCUCGCUGAACCCAGAUUCAUCUCCGGUCACUGCCAAGGUCAAGCGCAACGUGUCAGAGCGGAAAGACCACCGACCUGAAACACCCAGCAUUAAGCAAAAAGUUACUUAG